AUAAAAUAAUCGAAUUUGCGAGUUGCAUUGAUUGUGUCAGGUGAAGAAAACAACAACAAUUUUUAGUGCAUUGCGAAGUAUUUUACUCAAUCUUUAUUGUUGUUACAAUAAAUAUUAAGGACUUUUCUACAGUAAUGGAUCCAGCAGUUGCACUAGAUAAUUAUUUGCGCAAAGCAGUCAACCCAAAUAAUAACGAUUUAGAUAUUUCUGCACUUGAUCAGUUUUGUCUUAUAUUGAAAAAAGAUCCAAAAUUGAUGAUCAACGGUUCGAAACUGUUAGCGGAGCGAAUUCAGUCGAGCAACACGAAAGAAGUACUUCUUUCCUUAGAGGCUUUGGAGGAAUGCAUGGAAACUUGCGGUAAGGAGUUUCAGUCAGAAAUCAAUAAAUUUAGGUUUCUAAAUGAACUGAUCAAGCUAGUAUCGAAAAAGUAUAACGGAGAUAAAACACCAAGGGAGGUUUCUGAAAGGAUUCUGAACAUCCUGCUGACCUGGACAAAUAAAUAUGAUAACUGUGUUAAAAUUCAGGAGGCAUACCAUUUGCUUAAAACGCAAGGAAUUGAACACCAUCCGCAACAAAACGUUGUUGUGAAAAGUACGCCUAAGAGUGCAUCUCGAAGUAACUUGGACGAAAAGGAUUUUUUCAAGCUGCGAGAGUUGAUCCAUAGUUCUAAACAAGAAGAUCGUGAUAAGGCAAAUCUCUUGAUUCAGAAUUUUUAUCGUGAUGAUGAGCGAAGAACGCAGAUGAAAAAUCGUCGACUAGCCGAGCUUCAAAAGGUAGAGGAGAAUACUAAGCUGCUGGAUGAAAUGCUAUCACAGUACCGGCCGGGUGACAGCUCAGAGGAAGAUCUAGCAAUUAUCAGGGAAAUUUUCGAAUCAUGCGAAGGAAUGCAUCCGACAAUUAUUCGAUUGGCAGAGGAAACGCAGCAGAGUGAAGGUAUGCUGGAUCUGUCAAAUGCAAACGGAGUAAAGCAUCUUGCAAAAUUCUGGAGUUUAGCUCACGAAUUUGAAAAAAUUUUCGAAGUCAAUGACGCUCUAACUCAAGUGCUAGAUAAAUAUCGGCAGCUUAAAUUAGACAAUUCGACAAACCAGCAGCUCUAUAAACAGUCUGCAGCGAACUCAACAUCGACAGCUCAAACAGUAUCGUCGCCUCAAACAUCAUACACACCAAACAUUGUUGGAUCUGAUCCAUUAGACACAUUGUUUGACAUUUCUACCAUUCCAUCGAAUAGCGACCCUGUGCGAAGCACCUUUGACGAUCUCAGUGAAAUUUUCUCAUCAACCAUCAGCACUGACGAAUUACCAAAGGCAUACGAUGCAUCAUCGAGUUCCUCAGUUCUGAAUACUGACACUAUAUUGACUCCGUUACUGGUCAGUAAUGGGUCAUUAGCUGACCGAGUGCUUCCCGAGGUGAAAUCGAAUGCAGACAGAUACCGAAACAUUCAGAAUUUAAUUCAAGCGAAUACCAAUGGCAAUGCCAGUUAUUCAGGAAUUUUUCAAACUCCUAACACCAAUGCCAUAAAUAAGCCUGUAAGUGCUGAUAUUAAGUCUGCGGAAUUGGACACAGCUGUCAACCCAGGAAAGGCCUUAUCAGAUUUAGAUUCCAUAGUGAAUGGAAUUAAAUCAACCCUUUUGACACAGAGCGGUGCAUCUGGUGAAACUCAGGCAGCAGCUUCGUUUGAAAAAGACAACUCAAGCGAUGAAGAUGACAUUAUACUUAAUCCCGUUAUCUCGGUACCAGAAGAGUGCAGACCGGUGGUCCCCGUUGAAGCUACAGUUGUACAGAAGCCUCAGUUCAAAUCACUAUCAGAAAUAGUGGUUGAUCUGGACAAUAUUCAACCUAGUCGUGAACCACCGCGUACUGUUUGGGAUGACAAAGAGGGCCUGCAAAUAACAUUGAAUUUCACUAAGGACCACCCAAGAGAGGACGUUUCGGUGAUUGUCAUUUCUACAAUUAACCAGGGACGAGAUGCCAUUCCAAGUUUUCAUUUCGAUGCUAGUGUUCGGAAGCCCUGUAAACUACGUCUCUUGGCAGCUUCCAGCGACAGCCUUCCUGGUACUAAACCUUUCCGGCCUCCAACUGAUGGGAUAACACAGGUUUUGCUCUUGGCAAACCCUUCGGGAGAAGCGGUGGAUCUUACCUGUAUUCUAACGUACUGUGUGGGUGAUGAUCCGGAUCCGAUCAAAGAAUCUAUUGUAAUGAAAGAAGUUCCCUUUAUCAAAGAGUAGCGAUUUCUUGAAAACUUAACAUCAGUUGGUAAAAAGUACUGUGGUACUGGCAAAGGUGACGUUAUUCUCUGAAAUGCUUUUUCUUAUGUUCAGCAGCGAAGUUCAUACGUCCAGCAGCAGAAAACAGAAGUCAGCUUCGGUUUUAUUGAUUUGACUAUUGUACUCUAGUAGUUAUAUGUUGAAAUGACACAAGCAGAGUAUGUAUGUAUAAAUAUGAACAAAACGUU